CAUUGCUGUUGCAGGAAGCGGCUCUUUAGCUUUUGUGAUUUUUUUUUUGUGAAACAGCUGCUUCUUACCCAAACCUACUCAGCGUUAUAAAGAUGAUGCGAAGACCCAGAGCAACGACUGCCAAACCUGUACUGUACAACGAGAAUGAAAAUAUGGACUCCGACCUGUCUUUUUCUCAGAUAUUGAGCAGCGAUGAAGACGUGGAGGAGUGGAGGCCACCGGAGUCAACAAAAGCUUCCAGCAAAACUGCCAGAGCACCUACAGCUGGGGGGAGGAAAGCAGCUCCCAAACGGACUGCUAAACCAAAAGUUCCCAAAGAACCUAAGGUCCCUAAAGCGCCCAAAGACCCUAAACCAAGGGCACCCCGCAAACCCCCAGCCAAACCUAAAUCUCCCAACACUCAAAAAACAAAAGCAACUACCAAGUCUGUGUCGGCUGGGACAAAGAGAAAACAGACUAAUGAGGACGAUUUAGGAGAAAUCAAAAGACGGGCACCGAAUCAUUGCCCAGAAGAACAGAUGGUUGAAGAGAGUACCAGGAUGAAGGAAGAGCGGAUUUCAUUCAUUGUGUCAGACGCCCAUCAGACGGACGGAUGCGCAGACGAAGGGACAUCACAAGCUAGACUCCAAGUAACGAAGAAGGAAGAACCGGACGAGGAUUUCACUUUCGAUGAGGCUAGUCUGAAAAGACUGCCGACCAGCCAGGCGUGCCAGAGACAAAGAGCUACCUUACCAGAGUCUAAAGCACAGUCUCUGAGGAAUGAACUCAAUAUGAACUGGGACCUGGUUGAGCUUCUCUCUACGCUGAGCUGUGUGGAGCAGUGGGUUUGUGCAAAUAUCAUUAUGCUGCUAAGUGAGGAAAACACGAUUCCCUUCAUGGUGCGCUACCGCAAAGACAUGAUCAACCACAUGGACGCAGACGCUGUUCGAGAUGUCCAGAUGGUCUAUGAGGAGUUAUGUGCUCUUGCUAAGAAGACUCAGUCUGUGAUCCAGACCCUGAAGAAGGAUGGUGUCUUGACACCCGAGUUGGAAGAAAGCCUUAGGAACUGCCGAUCAGCUGAUGACCUAGAUCAUGUGUAUUCUCCCUACAAGAAAGGCAGCAAGCUCACAAAGGCUCGCAGGGCCAAAGCAUUGGGCCUCGAAGACGCUGCCACUGCGCUGCUGAACUCACCUCACACUCUGGAUCUCAGCACCUGGGUGAAGCCUGGUACUGAAGGUCUUUCAUCUGUGGAAGAAGUUGCCACUGGUAUGGAGCAUAUUUUGGCCGACAUGAUAGCCAAAGACCCUGAGACGCUCUCCUACAUCAAAACAUUAUGUGAAAAGAGCUUUGUGACCAUCCAGUCCAGCGUGUCAAAAACGGCACUCAAGGAAAAAGAGCAGGAGAAACAUGACGGAGGCCACAAGAAGCCAGGAGCGGAGCAAAACAAAUCCAAAGACUUUGACAAGUUCCAACUCUAUUUUGACUUUACUUGCAACGUCCAGCGCAUCCAGCCUCAUCAGACACUGGCGAUUAACCGAGGGGAGAGUCUGAAGAUCUUGACAGUGAAGGUGAACAUUCCUGACAGAGUAAAGAGCGAGUUUACUCGGUGGUGCAUCAACAACAGGUGGAGACCAAAGACCUUUGCCAGAGAGCAACUUAAUGCGAUUAUCAGAAAUGCAGUAGAGGAUUCGUAUAAAAGGCUUAUUCUGCCUUUCCUCACUCGAAGCUACAGAACUAAGCUAACAAGUGCAGCGGAAAAAGAAUCAAUCACCAUGUUUGUGCGAAACCUCCGCCAGCGUCUCUUGGUCUGCCCAGUCAGGGGCUGUGUCAUAAUGGGGGUGGACCCUGGCUUCAGACAUGGCUGUAAACUGGCUAUCCUGUCACAUACAAGUCAGAUCCUGCAUACUGAUGUCGUGUACCUGCAUAAUUCAGGACAGCAAAGAGAAGCGGAGAAAUUGCGCCACCUUUUGAUCAAAUACAGUUGCACCAAGGUGGUCAUUGGCAAUGGUACUGCUUGUCGUGAAACUGAGUCCUUCUUUGCUGAUCUCAUCUCUAGACGUUAUUUUCACCCGCUGGAUGUGUCCUACUGUAUAACCAAUGAAGCAGGAGCGUCCAUCUACAGUGUGAGUCCUGAGGCGGUCAAAGAGAUGCCAGACAUGGACCCAAAUCUCAGGAGUGCAGUGUCUAUUGGAAGACGUGUCCAGGAUCCACUGGCUGAGCUUGUGAAGAUUGAUCCAAAACACAUUGGUAUUGGAACAUAUCAGCACGAUGUGUCGGCCGGAGCUCUGAAGGCAGCGCUGGACGGAGUGGUGCAGGAGUGUGUGAGCUUUGUGGGAGUGGACAUCAACAUCACCUCUGAGACACUGAUGAGGCAUGUAGCGGGGCUGAACGCAGGCAGAGCUCGGAGCAUCGCGGAGUGGCGAGAGAAAAACGGUCCGUUCAUCAACAGGGAGCAGCUCAAACUGGUGAAAGGCAUGGGACCCAAGAGCUUCCAGCAGUGUGCUGGCUUCAUCAGGAUCAACCCUCAAACUCUAAACAGCGCCAAGCCCUCGGCUGAGUCUGGACCAGCAGCACAAGAGAAACCGGUAACCAAGAAGGGCAGAGGGAAGGCCGGCGGUAACAUACCGACCUCGUUAAACGCCCUGGACCAAACCUGCAUUCACCCUGAGUCCUACCAUGUGGCAGAGAGAUUUCUAUCCUUUGUGGGUGGGAGUGUGGACCAAAUAGGCAGUGCAGGUUUGAAACACUGUGUGGAGAGCAAGGUUAACACAAGUUGUAUCGAAGAGCUGGCCAAGAAAGUGGACACCACCCCUGAGACCCUCAAACUCAUCAUAGAUGGCCUGACGCAGCCACCUGGCUUUGACAUACGACAAAAUUUUGGGCAGGCGGACUUUAAACGGGGCAUCGUGUCGAUGAGCGAUCUGCGGGUCGGUGCCGUGCUGACAGGCCGAGUGGACAACACAGCUCUGUUCGGAGCGUUUGUCGACAUUGGCGUUGGCCGCUCUGGCCUUAUCCACAAGAGCAACAUCACCCUGGACAAGCUACCCGUCAGCCAACGCCGCCGCAGCCUGGCUCUGGGCCCUGGGGAGCGGGUUGAGGUCAGAGUCCUCAACGUCGACAUUCAGCGGGGACGGAUUGGGCUGGACCUGAUUAGGGUCCUCCAGUAGAUUUGGUGAUUCCUUUAAAGAAUAUUCCACACUUGGGACUGGGCCUGUCACGUGAAGUUAGACAUAGGAGACAAAUUACCUCCAGAUGUUUACAGAAAUGUUGGAUACAAACUGAUUAGCUGCUUAUGAGCAGAGCAAAUAUAUUUGCUUUAACAGGAAAUCUGCCUUAUUUAUGGGAAAUGUUAGUUGUUUUACAACUGAAACACAUUUCAGUGUCUGUCAGUGUCAGCCUUGAGAUCCUACAGACCCAAACAAUUUUCAGAUUUAAAGACUUAAAAUGUUCACGUCGCUUUUUCAUUUGAAACAAUUUAAGCAAAAUGGUUGGUAAUCUAGAUGACAGAGGAAAUUCAUAACUAGCACUUUAACUGUGAUGCUAAUAGCUUUGUGCUUCAACUGAAUUGUCUUGUCUUUAUAAAAUAAGAUGUUUUGAGUAUUUUUUAUUAGUAUUCACUAACUCACAGAUAGCUGUAAAGCGUGGACUCUUGUUUUUUUGUCUUGUACUAUUCUUAAUAAUUAGGCAAUAAAUGUUUUUGUUUACCCCA